GGGGCGGGCGGCGCACCCCGCCAGCGCAGCGGCAUGAAGGAGUCGUCGUUGCCCGGCACCUCGCUGCAGCGGGCCUGCCGCCUCCUCGUCGCCUUCUGCGCCCUCCACCUCUCGGCCACGCUGCUCUACUACCUGGCGGGCAGCGCCCUGGGGCCGCCAGGCAGCCCCGAGCCGCCGCCGCGCCGCCCUCCGCCCGCCAACGUCUCGCUGCCGUUCUCCCGCCCGCCGCCGCCCACCGCAGGGUCCCCGCCCGCCUCGUCGCCGACGGGCCCUUGCCCCGAGCCCUCCCCGCUGCUCGUUGGUGCGCUACGUGUGGAGUUCUCCCAGCCUGUGAACCUGGACGAAGUGGCGAGACUAAACCCAGAGGUCAAAGCAGGAGGUCGUUUUGCUCCAAAGGACUGUAUAGCACUUCAGAAAGUAGCAAUAAUCAUACCAUUCAGGAACCGAGAGGAGCACCUGAAGUACUGGCUCUAUUACCUGCACCCAAUUCUCCAAAGGCAGCAACUAGAUUAUGGAGUGUAUGUUAUUAACCAGGAUGGAGAGGAAGAGUUUAACCGUGCUAAACUGCUGAAUAUAGGAUUUGCAGAGGCUCUGAAAGAGUAUGACUAUGAUUGCUUUGUGUUUAGUGAUGUAGACCUCAUCCCAAUGGAUGACAGGAACACCUACAAAUGUUACAGCCAGCCACGGCACCUCUCUGUAUCCAUGGAUAAAUUCGGAUUCCGGCUGCCUUACAAUCAGUAUUUCGGAGGUGUGUCUGCUUUGAGCAAGGAGCAGUUCACAAAGAUCAAUGGGUUCCCAAACAACUACUGGGGCUGGGGUGGCGAAGAUGAUGACAUCUAUAACAGGCUGGUGUUUAAAGGCAUGGGGAUAUCGCGUCCAGAUGCCGUCACUGGGAAGUGCAGAAUGAUUCGGCAUUCCCGGGACCGGAAGAACGAGCCCAACCCUGAGAGGUUUGACCGGAUUGCUCACACAAGGGAGACAAUGAGCUCUGACGGCUUAAACACACUAUCCUACAAGGUCUUAAGAACUGACAAGUACCCUCUGUAUACAAGGAUCACAGUGGAUAUUGGCUCACCAAAUAGCUAACAUCACAGACAGGAGAGAGACCUUGCCUGUGUGGAACAGGACUGAUGCUUUAUAUCUGCUGGUUUUCUAACAGUUGCAAUGAACAGCAACAACAACAAAAGGCCUCUUUUGGCAUGCCAAAGUGUCUCCCUUAUUGGUUGGACAAGUGCUUUUAUUGGUUUUUUUUUAAUUCCAAACUUGACUUUACACAACUUUCUAGCUCUCCGUUGUUUUGUAAGUCCAGGAGCUGUACAUAGUAGUUGUAAAUACUUAUUUUGCCAGAAAACAUUGAAUCUGAUCUGUUUGCUGCAGUGCUCCCCAUGUUGAGCUAAUUACUGGACCCAAAUUGUACUGAUUACAACUGUGAUGCAUCAGCAAUUACUGCCCAUGACAUUUGGUAUUUUAAAUGAGGUUGUUGAAAACAUUCCUUUUAAUUCAAUCCUGGUUUUAUUUUAUGAAGGACUGUAAAAUGCUGCUAAAAUUGUUCAAGUUUAUGCUUUGCAUUAGAUUUGGUUCGGGGUAUUUUUUGUUUUUUAACGGGGACACCACCAUAUUUUUUUCCCUUAUAGUGACCAAAACAAAUAUCUCUGAGUGCAGAGCAAGUGUUGAACAACCUGAAUUCACUGAAUGUCAUUUCUUUUAGCCUCGAAGGAGGCUUUGAAUGACUUGAACCAGAGUUUGCCAGUGAUCUCUCUGCAUAGAGUAGGAGCUACACCAAUGGCAUCUGCAAAAACCACUGGCUUCAGACAACCUUGCUUCUGGAUGUCACACUGAGUUUGUGCCUCACCACAACAUCACCUGAGGUCCUUUUGGGAGGGGUGGGGGAGGGUGGUUGGAUUUUCCCCCCCUGGGAAUAAAGGGUUAAUUGGAUUGUGCAAAGAAAUUCUGGCCUUAAAAUCUGCUGACACCUGUUAACAGCGGUAAAUGGUUACCAUUUAAACAUUGUCUAAAAUGAGUUUUCUUUUCUUGCAAGGUCAUGCAUAAAACUUGAAUUCACUUAUUACUCUUGUUAUUGUAACAUUUUAAUAACUUUUAAAUGUUUUUAAAGUAAUUUGUAUAUCAUAAGCAAUAUAUUUAAUACCAGAUUAAACUAGGGUGCAGCAUAAUAGGAUAUGAUUCAAGGCCUCUUUUAUCUUCAGAUGAGUAGGUUCUUUAUGUGCGUCAUUAUUAUAAGACAUGUAUUAUAUUUGCUCUGUGUAUGUGUCCAUAAAACCUCCUGCGGUGCUGAGAUACUUGCAGCAGGGCUGACAUCCAAUUGGUCUUUCUUUGCCUUAAGCCUGUUGCAAUGUGUCCUCUACCAGGAAACUCCCUUCUGACUUUCUCAGGGCCUGAGGCUCACGCACGUUCGGAGUACUGUUUUUUGUCAGACACCCUGCUUUUCCUUCCCGUGACCGUGUGAAAGCCUCAAGCGCUGACACCCAGGGAGCCGGUUUCAGUGAUUUAAAGCUCUCAGCCAGAACCGAGAACUGAAUUCCUUCUGGCGAGUAUGCUGCCAGCAGCUCUGACCACAGCAAUUUGCACUUCCUUGGCCCGUGCUGAAGGCUGUUAAAAUCAGGGACACUCGUUGUUGCAUUGGGGAUCGUCUUCAGCACUGCCUUUCUUUUUGCCUCUUUUUUUUCUUUUUUUGUGGCUUGGAUUGGAUUUUUGUUGAGACCCAAAGGUUUUGCUGAGCCCUGCGCUGCAGGGGUGGGAUCCUGCAGGGGACAGGGGACACUGCGUUUCUCAUUAGGCUCAUUGUGCGCAUGGAGACUUCAAUUACUAGGGAGACACCCACUGCCUUUUCAGUCUUGCUUUGGAAAGCUGUUCACCCCUUUUGCUUAGAAGCUGUUGCUGUCCAGACGUGCUGCUUCAGUCAUGCUGGGAGCUGAGCAAAGGUGGGCUUGUGUGGAGCAGGAGCAAAGCACAGGGAAAGCAUACACCGUGCAGAGCUGCUCACUGGUGUUUAUCAUUGCAUUAAAAACCUGACUGUGCUUUGGCAGGUCAGUCUCCAGCUCUUGCAGGUACAGGAGGGAGUAUAGGAAGAGGAUGCGUGGCAGAAGUCAGGUCAAAAGUCUACCUGUAAAACAGCGGUAUGGAUGUAGUCUGAACCAGUAAUGGAGACACGGAUGGGGACUUCGGGUCUGAUUGGUUCGAAGGUGCCUUAGAAGCAGGGCCCUGCUCCCACAGGCAGCACAUCAGCACCAAAACUCACCGAGGCUGGCUGAAAAUGGCAGGUCUUGGCAGAGAGCACCUCGGGUUUGCGCUGAGCCCUUUGCAAGUUGAGCAGUUGGGACCUUUGGCUGUAGUGGUGUCUGUAUGUAACAGGCUAUGCAAAGGGGCUGCCUGCUGUAACUGAGUGGUUGACUUUGUUGGUUUUGGGUUUUUUUUCCUUGCCUUGGGAUUCUCUGAAGAUUAGGAAAGAGUUAGUAUAACAACUCGUUCCGCUGUUUGCUGAAAUCAUUGGAUACUGUGGUGGUGGUCUGAGCACUUGUUUCUGGCUGUUGCAAUCAAAGGUUUCUACACAUGUGCCUUGAAAGAGGGGAGAAAAGGAAACUGGAAAACCAGGAAACGUGAAAACCAUUUUCAGCAGAGAGGCACUAGCGAGUGAAGAAACUGUUGCUUAGUUUCUCUUCUGCUGCUCAAGCUGCAAACCAUGUAAAAACAGAAGCUGCCUUUCGUUACUCAUUUCACCUUUUGGUGCUGACCCGUGAUUUCCAGAUACCCCCAUGUAAACUAUAUCAAACUCAUGAAAUGUCCUUGACUCAAUCUGCCCAUGAAAUUUCUUUCACUGGGAUUUUCAGGGGCCUUUCCUACAAACCCUCAUGUUGACACAAGUGAAUUCUGGCCAUAGCCUGUGGUGAGUGGUGGUUUUUCCUCUCUCAUACUGGUAACAGCACUCAAAGUGAUACCGUGUGUAACGGCUGAAACCCAGAGCAAAUAGCUGCAAAGGAAAUGGUAAUGCUCGGUUUCUUUGGGAUGACUGUUGGGAUGAAGGAGGGUCCUGGAAUGCAGCUUUUCCCUGGGAUGUUACUUGUCUACUGGACUGCUUAUGGGUUUCCUGUAGAUGGUUUUGCUUUUGCAUUUUAUCAUUUCUGCAUCAAGGGAUGUAUAAUCCAGUGUUCUUACUUUACUAUUCUUGUCAAAUAAAGUAUUUUCACUUA